AUGGAUCUAUCGGGAGGUUCUAGUCAAGGCAUAGGCGAUCCACAAUUAGCAGCCUUCAUUGAACAAGAAAACCAAAAGCAACGAUUUCAGUCAGUUGUACAUAGUUUAACUGACCAAUGUUGGGAUCUAUGUGCACCAAGUAUAUCGUCGAGACUUGACGGGCGUAGUGAAACCUGCUUAGCCAAUUGUGUUGAACGUUUUAUUGAUUCAAGUAAUUAUAUCAUCAACAAACUUGGUCAAGAAGGCGCGGCUGCUGUUGCAUCAAUGAAAUCGAAUGAAUUCAAUACAUCAACAGAUUUUUCCUUAGGCUCACCAGAUAUGGGUCUUCGGACGCCAGAAUUUUCAAUGGAAUUCGAUCCAUUGUCAUCACCAUCGACUAAGAAAGACGAGAAGAAAAGUAGUUGGAAAUUUUGGUAG